GUCCUCCGAGGUAGUGAGUCAGAGUUCCACUUUUUGCCUUCUGGUAUAAUCUAGCGCAGCGAUCAUGCAUCGCCAAUCCACUAGCUUCUCUCAGCGGCAGUCCUCAGGAGGUGGGGGUAGUGGAAGCUUCAGAAGGUCCACGGGUGGUUCAUUUGGGGGCAGUGGGUUCUCAAUUGGAAGCGGCAGUAGUAUUGGGUAUGGAUUUGGAGGCGGCAGUGGUGGUAGUAGUGGGUAUGCAUUUGGAGGCGGCGGUGGUGGUGGGAUGUCAGCGGCAGGCAGCUUCUCAUCAAGUUCCUGCAGUGCAAGCUCCUCAUUAAUGGGAGGGGCAGGGGGGCUGAUUGGCAAUGAGAAACACACCAUGAUUACCCUCAACGAUAGAUUGGCUAUCUAUCUGGAGAAGGUCAGGAGUCUGGAAAAAGCAAACACAGAGUUGGAAGUGAAGCUGAGAGCGUUCCAAGUCGGCACAGCCUUGAAGCCCAUUGACUAUGCUGCCUACGAUGCAAUCAUCAAGCCCAUCAGAGAUCAGAUCUUGAAAGUUCACCUUGCAAAUGCCCGUGUGGCCCUGGACCUUGAUAAUGCAAGCCUGGCUGCGAGAGACUUCCAGUCUAAAUAUGAAAAUGAAUUUAACACCAGGCAGAUGGUGGAGGGUGAUAUAAUGGAUCUCAAAGCAAUGAAGGAGGAAUAUAUACGCAAUUGUAAGGACAUGGAAGGUGAUAUGACAGCUACGCAAGAAGAAAUGGUGUAUCUGAGGAAGAACCAUGAAGAGGAGCUGGUUGUCUUAAGGCAGCAAGUUGCUGGGACUGUCAGUGUGCAAGUGGAUAGUUCUGAUGCAACUGACCUGAGUAAACUACUGGCCGACAUGCGAGCAAAACAUGAAGCCUCUUGCAAGGCCAAUCAAGAUGCCAUGAAAACCUGGUAUGAGUCUCAGGUCCAAACACAAACAGUUGCGGCCGUUCAAGUCAACGAGGCUGCAGAAGGUGCAAAACUGCAGCUCACGGAAUUAAAACGGCAAUGGCAAGCUCUUCAGACCGAGUACGAUUCCCUCUGCAGUGCUGUCUUCUCUCUCGAAACCUCUGUUGCAGGCAUUCAAGAUAAUUAUGCCGGGCAACUUAGCAGGUUGACGAUGUCCAUCUCCAGCCUCGAAAUGGAGCUCGGCAAUCUAAGGAAUGACGUGGCGAUGAAAACUAAGGAAUAUUCUGAACUCCUCAACAUAAAGAUGCAACUUGAGAAGGAAAUUGCCACCUAUAGAGAGCUCCUUCAAGGAUCUGGUUUCAGCCAAUCGAUAAGUGGCGGACAGGAGACUAGUAAUGUGACUGUCGUCAAAACAAUUGAAACAAGAACAGUAAGAAGUUAAAGCCUAACAACAUUCAAACACUGAUAUCGUGGCAUUGGUACGAGCUUGGUGAUGCACCCUGCUUCCACUUGGUCAAAAGGUUGUGACGUUGACCUCUUCUGUAACUUCUUCAAACCUCAUGUACUCAGAGUAAACCUGCUUCUGAUAUGUAAUGGUUGGUGUUUCCCUGGGGCUUCAGUUGACUGCUUGUGUCCACUGUUUAAACUCUAACUCUGAUUGUAUUCAAUAAUUGCACGCUAUGGAGAUAGUCGGGCGGAAGAAUAAAAUCAAUAAAGCAUUUAGCAGCAUUCAA